AUGGCGUCGCGACUACCUGAUCGGUCAGGUGCGAAACGAAGCCGAUCUCGAUCGCCGUCGCGUCAACCCCAGAAGCUCCCCCGCAGAUACGAAGAGAACGACCGAUAUGGCUCUGACAGGCGUGGGCCAUCGCAAUCUCAACCGCGGAAUAUGAGGGAUCAGGUGCGGCUCAAUCAGCUGCAGGAGGAUGAGCAAGAGCGGCAGUGGGUGGCGCAGGAAGACCUCUUCGUCUUGAAACAAGCGAAAAAGAAAGCAGAGAUCCGAGUCAAAGAGGGACGCGCGAAGCCGAUCGAUUGGCUUACGGUGACCUUGCGAGUGAUCGAUCCUACGAGGGACCCUCUCGACGAUGAAAUUGCGGACUCGGACCUUGAUCUGGUGGACCCCGAUGGUGUUUUCGAGGGGCUAUCGCCGACGCAGUUGAGCGACCUAGAGAAGGACAUCGAUACAUUCCUAGGCCUUGAAUCAAACUCGCAGAAUAGGGAUUUCUGGAAGACCAUGAAAAUCAUUUGUCGCGACCGCCAGAAGACUUCCGCGCCUGAAGGGCGUGCGCUCAGCUCCGUUGCCGCCGAUAUAAAUCGACUUUUGAGUCCGAAGACAUACGAGCAGCUCCAGGCCCUAGAAGUCAGCGUCAAGAGGAAACUGGACUCUAACGAACCUAUCGAUACCGAUUACUGGGAGGAACUUCUGCGCAGCCUUUCGGUCUGGAAGGCUCGCGCGAAGCUGAAGAAAGUCUACCAAGCUGUCAUAGAUGAACGUGUUCGAAGUCUUCGCGAUCAGCAACGCGAGGAGGCAGAAUCGGUGCGAGCGAAACUCGCGCCACUGGCCCCGGUAGUUCAAACGGCUCCCGGGGAGAAGCCGCGAUCGGAUGAGCGAGAGCUCCAAGGCCUUGACCCCGAUCCAUUGCUUCAGUUCCGCCCGGAAGAUAAGAUCCUGGAGAUAGUGGAUGAGACAGCCUUUUUGGACCAAGUGGCCCGCGAUCGUCAAAAAAUUCUCAAGAUGGGCUUCGUUCCUCUCCGCCAGCGACAAGCCGAAAAGUCUUCGGCUGCCCCCGUGAAUCAAACGUCGAAUGUGCCAGUCGCUACCGCACCGACUCGCUUCUCCGCCAUCCCCAACGAGGACUUUUCGCAGGCCACGAAGGCUCUGUAUGAAAGAGAGCUUGCCAAAGGGGUUAGCGAAAACGAAGAGAUCUUCACCGGCGAGGAAGCCGUGAGUACCAGCUCACGGCCUCAAUGGGCCGGCAAAUACCGACCGCGAAAGCCUCGGUAUUUCAACCGGGUCCAGAUGGGGUACGAAUGGAAUAAAUACAACCAAACGCACUACGACCACGACAACCCGCCCCCCAAAGUGGUUCAGGGCUACAAAUUCAACAUCUUCUACCCCGACUUGAUUGACAAGGCCAAGGCCCCGACAUAUCGCAUAGAACGCGAAAACGGGCGAAAACGCGGCCAGUCUUUCGCCGCAGCAGGGGAAGAAGAUACUUGUCUCAUUCGAUUCAUGGCUGGUCCACCGUACGAAGACAUUGCCUUCCGAAUUGUCGACAAAGAAUGGGACUAUAGCGCUAAGAGAGAACGGGGGUUCAAGAGUACUUUCGACAAGGGAAUUUUGCAACUUCAUUUCCAGUUCAAACGCAUCUAUUAUCGGAAGUAA